AUGGAAAAACGGGUUCUUAUCGUCGCGGUUCUCGCAGCUCUCCUCUGUCUAGCGAGCUUCGCGCCGCGUGUGGCGGAAGCGGCAAUCGCGCGUCCGACGAAGGAGCAACUGAAGGCGGAGCUUGGGAAGCUGGCGGAGAGCGUGGCGAAGAAACGCCCACGAUACUCGAAUUUCACGAGCACCGUCAACAACUUUUUUGGCCUCGCAAUGAAUUCGAAGUAUGACCUAUCUGCUCUAGCCAACGCCACCAUCCUCAUCCCCAUUAAUACCGAUUCAGAAGCCCUCUUUGAGAAGCUCCCCUUUAAAAGAUCCAACUUUCCCAAGUUCUACCAAAUCGCAGCUUUCCACAUCUUACGCAUAAAACGCUAUAUGCCACAGCUUAAAGUGCUGAAGCCAGGGGAGGCCGUGGAGGCACCAGGCCCUACUCUCCUCUUGGCGGCGGCACCGACGCUCCUACUGGCUCCGGCGACAUCGCCAGAGCGUUCAAACACGGCCGUCAUUGCAGCGCGCAUCAUCCGCUUUGGACGAGGUGAGUGGCAUGAGCUCAUCUCUGCGGCCCUACAGCGACGUACUCCCCUUCCUUUACAAGCAGCACGAGGAGCUCGCGCUAGCACUUUCUCCCCCACACCGGAUGACCGUCGCAUUGCCCGCUACCUGCGUCUGGCGGCUUGCAAUGAGACCUCGCGGGCCUGCGCGGCUCUGGAGUCGGCAGAGGCGGCACCUGACACGGAGAGUACGAUGCAACGUCUGCGGAGCAAGCAUCCCGUCGCAGAGCGACCGACUCCAGAUUAG